UAUUCAUUUCUGGAAGGAAUCUGGAUUAUAAAAUAUUUUUAAGGAAACUAAAAUAUAUUUAUUUCAGUCGAACUCAGUCCGAGGGGUUAGCCUAGAUAGGAGCGUAAACCAGAAUAAGUACUCAAAGUACAAUAUGGUUCGGACCCAGUCCCAGAACUGUAUUGGGAGUAGUAGUGAGGAGUCGUUUACCAGUUCCAGGCCACAUAGUGGCAUAGGGUUCAGUAAAUCUAGGUCAAAUCAAUACAUCCUUUCUCCUGAUGAAUCCCCAGUGACGUCACGGAGAGAAAUAAAAACCACAACAAGAGAUUACACGAGACCUCUCCCACCUACCUACAGGAAGUACAGAGGAAGUUCCCCUAUGACCCAGUCUUAUCAUGAUUCUGCUUACUCUUCCCAUAGUUCCGACAGGUCGGACGGACCAGUAACAGUUCGAAAAUCUGAAUCCGUUCAGAGCUCUCCAUCAAAAACAUAUGAAAGAAAAAAUUCAUUCAGUUUUGAGAAUCUAAACUAUCGAACUUACAAGAAACAGAAAUCUCCGGUUAGAAAAGAAUAUAGAAGUCCUAGUCUUUCUCCAACAAGGUCUGAUGAAGAAGGGUCAGAUAGUGACAUAUAUUCUUCAAGAUCUAGAGCUAAAACUGUAGAAAGAGAAAGGGAAGAAGAAAGAAGAAGAAUGCAGUUUGAAAUGAGAAAACGUGAACAGGAACUUCUCGCCAAAAUAAAGGAACAACAAAGAGAAUUGGAUGAGGUGAAGCUGGAAAAGAAUAAGGUUGAGAAAGCGCUCACUCUACGAGCACAUGAUGAAGCAAGACAACGCGCACUGGAAGAAGCGCGCCAAAUUGCACUGGAAGAAUCGCACAGGAAGGCACUUGAAGAAUCACGCAAGAAAGCAAUUGAGGACUCACAACAAGAAAGAAUUGGAAGAAGACAGAAUUCAUGUUCUCGUGAUCCAAGAAGUGGCUCAACACGUGGAACUCCUGACAGAACCCCGCCGUCGGAACGAGUGCAGCCAGAGCGUUUGCUGAACAGAGAACGGAGUCAACCAUCAUCAUUCCGCAGGCCAAGGAAAAUCGAAGUUGAAGAUCGACCUUCAACUAAUUCCCGACCUCCCUUGCAACCUCGACCUCCCUCCCAGCCUCGACCUCCUGUUCAUUCCGAGACUGUGAAGCGAGACCGACCAGGGUUAAUCAGAAAAAGUCCAUCAUCAUCAGAUAUUAAUAAGGAGAUGCCACAGCGUCGAUCUGUGUUUGCCCCCAAACCGCGGGACGACCUCUCCCAGUGCAAGAAUUGUGGCAGGAAUUUUGCCGAGGAUCGGAUUGAGAAGCAUGAAACUAUUUGCACAAAAACUACCCAGAAGAAACGGAAACCGUUUGACAUGACUAAAAAACGAGUUCAGGGCACAGAUGCUGCUCCUUAUGUUAAGAAACAGGGUACACAAAAACCUUCUAACAAUAGUAAGGAUCAGAAGAAGAGUGAUUGGCGGAAGAAACGCGAGGAGUUUAUUGCAACUCUACGAUCUGCUAAAGCGGCUCAAAAACACUUGGCUGCCGGUGGUUCAUUGAAGGAUUUGCCCCCUCCCCCUCCCAUGGAUACAUCCGACUAUAUUAAGUGUCCACACUGCGAUAGAAGGUUUUCUGAAGCUGCAGCUGAUCGACAUAUUCCCAAAUGCAAAGACAUCAAGAGUAACAAGAAGCGUUAAAUAAAUAUAUAAUUUAAAUAAUUCCUGCACUUGAUGUGUCAUCCACGUUUCAUGCAUUCACAACUAACUUUUCUGUAAUUCAUCCUUUUACCACGGUUCUUUAACCAUUCAUCAAAAAUCAUUAAAAUUUAAAUUGUUCAGAUAAAUAAAUGUGAUGCCUCUA